CACAGAACGGCUUAUGUGAAGGUGUUCUUACCUCCUGUGCUUUUCGAUAGGGUCUGAACCUAUUCGGUUAGCACCACAGAGGAAGCCAGGUUAAGUAUAUCUCUCGAGGCGCGAACACGACACUAAGAUUUCAAACCAUUCCCGUCGAACUGGGGUGGGUACAUUGCCAAUAUUUAUAACCAGUAUUGCAUCUACAUUUUUCAUAAACUCUUCUGUUAUUACGCUUUUUAAAUUUGUGGUGGAGUUAUAGAAUAUUUAUCCCAUCCCCAUAUAGAUGACAUGCAUUUUGAAAUAUUGUCUAUGUUCAUCGAUUUCGGUAAUCUGACAAGAAUUAUUUUAUUCCAGAAAUCAGUAUUGUACUGAACCGCUUACAUUAUUUGAUGUACUGGAAAAUAGACCAUCAACGUUUCAUUUUUUUUCAAGCGGUUGAAAACAGACUUGGUUAGUCUAUUCAGCUUUGCUCUACACGUGGUCAUCUGUGACUCAAUCAACCAAAUUUACGACUGGUAAUCUUGUUGAAAAUGUGGAUAUCAUUGAUGCCAUCCAACAAGAAGGAAAUUUGAAUUCGACUUCAUUUGGUGUUAACUAUGUAUGCCUAGUCAGUUCUUAAAAGAGGAAGCACUAAAUUGUUUUACUACAGUGUUUAGUCAUCAUCAUGCUCAGAUGACUCGAAAGUGUAACUGGUGAGACUAUAAUUUAUGGACGACCUUCGAGUAAUGCUAAAGUGACCUAAUAACUAGGACCAAAUGAGAGUUAAAAACCAGUGUGAGAAAUUAGAAUUAUGAUUCACAGUUGAUGGUUAGAGUUAGGAAUUACAUUCAGGGUUUUCAUCACAAACUGAAAUCAGUUAUAAUGCCAAAACUCUAUUUAUACAAAUGGAUGGGUGAAUUUUGCACCGAAAUCUGGGACCUGUUAUCUUAUACCUGAUUGAUUCAUCCAUAAAUUAUAGUCUCGUCGUGUAAUUAAAUAGUGCAUUGUACCACUGGAAAGAUUAUAUUGGUCGGAUUGCGCGGCACUUACUCCGUUAAUUAGUUUCUAUUAGAUGGUUUUCAUGUUGGCAAAGUAAUGAGUUGAUUAAAAGUAGACAUUUUGUUGAAAACAUUUCCUUUUUCUGAAUAUAUUCGAUUAUUCACCAUGUUAAAUAGAUAACAUACUGUUGUUUCAACUGAACUGUUUGAUCAUUGUCGAAGUUUCAAGUGAUUAAUGAAGAGAUUUUAACUUGAGGAAUAAUGAAAACUUGAAUUAAAAAAUAAUUUUUCUUUAAAAAUAAACCAAAUACAUGCAAAUAAAGUACCAUAUUACCAAAAAACUUUCCAUUGUCUAACCCUUAGAACUCAUCUCUUAUUGAUUCGUAUAUUAUCUUUCAGUGGUAUAAAAUGACAAGUGUGUUAAAAAGAUGAGAACGAGCCAACAGAAUAUAAAUAUUCUAAUGUAAUAUAAUAAUUUAUGUUAACUUUUCUGCAUUUUCAGGAAUCAUAAAUUCUUUUGGUAAUUCUGCAGCAAGCAUUUUGGUAAGUUCUUCCUCAUCAGCAUCAUUUUCAUGUUCUUCAAAAUCACCAAAUCCCUUUUCUGUUAAGUCAUAAUUACUAUCAACCAGAUGAUUAGAGCAUAAUGCAUUUUCAUAAUUAAGUGAAUUUAAACAUCCAAGCAUAUAAUCAACAAUAUUUGGAUGUGGUAAAUGUUGAGUUGGAUGAUUCAGUACAAGCCAAUCACGAACAUAUAUCGGAUCACCUCUAGGAUCAUGUUUAUCAUCGGAAUCUUUUGGAGGUAACCAGAAUGGUCGGUAUUUGGUUGUUGUCUGUCUUGAUCUAUUGAAUUUUACUUCAGUUAUUAACCAAUUACACGUUUCUGGAGAGAAGUAUUGUUCAAAUGUUGAAAAUAUUUUUGAUUUACUUCUAAUAAAGCAAACUUUUGAUACUGUUGUCUGUGGUAAGAAUGGUUUAAUGGCUUGCCAAGCAACUUUGAAUGCAGGUCCUGGAUGAACACAGAUUGCUAAACCAAGGCGCUCUGGAUAAUGAACAGCCAUUAUUUUGGCACAUUCGUAACCAAGACGAGGAUGACAGCUGGUUGUAGUCAUGCCUAAAAAUUAAGAUGUUUCAACUAAUUACAGUGAUAAAUAAAAUACUUUCAUUAUAACAAUCCUCUGACUUUUGCGGACAUUUCAUAUAAUUGAAAUGCCCAACUUAAAUGCUUCUUAUCACCAAAAUUACGACAGUUACUAGACCCUUAAAUGUUUAUAUCAAUUAGACAAUAAAUGUGAAUUAAUGUCGUACCAAAUAGUGCUAUACUUUCAAUAAUGUAUACUUUCUGAUUAUACCAAGAAGGUAUAAAUCCAAUCGAAAAGUAAUUAGGCAUUUGAUGAUGUAAUUAAUUUCCCUUCUUUCUUAUCUUUGCAUCCUAAAACAUCAUGGAAUCCAAUGAAUUUUUUAAUGUUUGGUAAAGUUGAUUAAUUAAGUAUAUACUCUUCACGAAAUUACGCCACCGUACACCAAUGUCUUCAGUGAGCUGAUAUCUCACAAAAGACCUGGUUGAACUCCACUGGUAACGGCUUCUCACUAGCGCUCGCGCGCGAGACUGAUAGGUCCUGGGUUCGAAUCUCGAGGGGGGAACGUGGAUGCGCACUGCUAAGGAGGCGUCCCAUACUAAAAGGAAACGGCCGUCCAGUGCUUCCAGGUUUUCCAUGGUGGUCUAGCUUCAAUUGACUCAUGAUUUCAACUAUUGAAAUUUCUAAAAUCUCUACAAAACCCGUUUUGAUAAGUAUAUACUCUCUUCUGUGUUUCAUAUAUAAUUUCCGUUAUGCAAAGCCCAGUGUGUUAUAAUUCUAUCUUAUUACAACCCAGUUAUUUCUAUUGCUCAGUGUUCUUGGACACCAAUUCACUUGACAUGUCUUCAAAUCAGAACAUGGUUGAACAGGAAAGAGAUUAUAUUCAAAUAAGGUUAGAUGGAAGUAAGAAGCACAAUAGUUAAAACGUUAGUACGGUGUUCUCCAAGUAUCGACUAGCGCUGAUAGGUUAAGAAUUAGUCAAGUAACAUGCAGCAACGCAAUCGUGCAUAGAGCAUACUUCAAUCUAAUCUAUGUCCCGUUAAUACAGUAAUAAUGUUCAACUGAACAAGAAUCUGGGAAAUGUACACUUCUAAAGUGAAAUUUUGUUGUAUAACACUGAAUUUAUUAUUCAAUUACAUUGACAGCAUAAUAAUUUAUGAAAGUAUUUGUUAUAUCCGAGCGAAGAUUAAACCAUGAGUAACUUCUGAGACGUAUUAAUUGACUAAUAUGAUCCAUACAUUCUUAUGGUAUAAGUAUUCAAUAAUUAGAUUAUGUAUAUUUAUAUUCCUCUUAUUAUAAGCUUUAUUUUGACCUAUAAUUUAUUAUUGUACGAUUUACUGUUCUUAAGCUAUGUUCAGUUUAUUGACUACUGCCUCCCACGUUCACAGUCACUUUUUGGCUUUAUUGUGUACAAAUGUUAUUUCCUAUUGUAUGGUGCGUUGCGGUCUGUUUGGUUGAUAUGUAAACCCAGUAUGUCUAAAAUAAAUGAUUCGAUUCGCAUAUUGGAAGCAGGUAUUUUGUUGUUCUGGAUUCAAGUGGACGGGCUAGGCGGACAUAGGACCAAUGAGGACGCUAGGCUGCUCUUACCGGUUGAAAGUUAUUGGUUUGGCACAGUGCUAAGAUUGUAUAAGUCGUAUUUUGAUUGAUGGAUAAAUCACGUGAUAAAAAACCGGACAUAAAGUCAUAACAAUAUUCUUUUGAAGUUUCAAGACGUUAGUGUUCAGAAUUCAAUCACUAAACGAACAUCAGUAUCAUCACAGUGAUUAUCUUACUCACAAUAGGACAAAACAUGUAAUAGACAGAAAAAAUUAAAGAUACUAAAAAAGAUAAAAGGUAAAAUUUUUGAAGUUUUCUAUUAGUGAAAGCUAAAUAAUUUACCAGAAACGUUAGUUUCUAAUAAUAAUAAAUUAUCAAAUAUGGUCACUACGAAAGAAAUUUUAUGAAGCAUAUUGUUUAAGCUUCAUUGUAUACAUUCACUUGGUGCUGUUUUACUUGUAUCUUACCACUGUUAUUUAGGACUGUAAUUGAUCAGUCUCUCUCUUAUUGGUAUAUGUGCAUCCUGUAUGAAUUGCCUCGAUAUUUACAAGCAUUAUAAACAAAGAUGAAUAGUGGUUAGUAGUUAAAUUCAGAACGCACGUUUCGUCCUAUUUGGGACUCGUCAGCUGGAUAUACCUUCAUCCCAGAUUUGAUGUUCACUCCAGGACUCGAACUCUGGGAUUCAGGUGUAUCCAAUUGACAAGUACCAAAUAGGACGAAACGCGUGUCCUGGAUUCCACUGCUAGCCACUAUCCAUCUUUGCUUAAAAAUUCAUUAUAUACAUAUUCAAUCAUUUCUAAUUCAAUGAAUACCCCUAUUAAAUUGACUAUCAACAACUAUUCAAUGUUUUUAGUGGUUUAAAACUAAUAAAAAUCUAUUAUUUGGUUAAUGUCAUAUUAUACUUUCUCAUUUAUCAAAGUUAUAAUAAUCGUAAUAAGCAUACGAUUCAUAAAAGUAAUUUCAGUUCAUUUUAACAAGUACCUGAAUUUAUACUUCUAGUCACUAAGACUACACACUGUCUCCUCUUCUACGCUGAGGUUUGUUACAGGGCAAAGUUAAAAGUUUAACCAGUAAGUAUUAAAAAAGAUGGACGAUAUUAUUUCAUAAAUGAGUCGUUCAGAUUUCUUAUGACAAUAUAAUAUUUAUGAAAAAGGUAAUAUCAAUAAGAAUGAACAUUAGCUAAAUAGAAUUUUUUAAAAUAAAAGUAAUACUAUCAUCAUGGUUAUAGACCAUCUUGAGUGGUAACUUUGUUGGUUAUUAUUGGCUAAUCAAUUGACUUUUACAGUUGUUAUAUUCCCUCAGUUAGAUUAUUCAAUUUUGUAACGUUCGCUAUUGUUGUGGACAACAUUAUCUGAGUCUAUUUUAUAUUGAAGUAAAUAUUUAGUUAAUCUGAACGAUACACUAUAUAGGAUAGAACACAAGAAGAGAUAAAGAUGACAAAAUCUACGAGAACGACUAAUAACAAACAAAGCCAUCACAAUGAACUGAUAUAACACUUGAAAAAUAACAAAAACGCUCAUUUCUGUAUGAAGUAGCCACUGAUGAUGGUCUCCAGACAACAAAUCAAAAUUUUAAAAUUAAACCAUCUAACUGAGAAAACAAAAUUAAAAUCACUCGUUUAUUUUAGUCACUAACUAACCAAAAUGAAUGCACCAUAGUAACUAAUUUAAAAGAAGAAAGGCAUAAUUUUCUGAUCAGAGAUAUUAGCACUCAUGAAUUUUAUCUGAAAUACCUACAUUUAAUAUUUCUCUGAUAAAUCAUUAAACUUGAAGUCAUAUGAUCUAGAAGUGUAUUUGUAAUUCAUCUAUCUUAGGAACUAUUAAAAAUAAACAAGCCAAAAAUACAAAUAUGCCCAAGUUUCAACUAAUCAAAAUAACAUGCCCUGCCUAACCUUGAUCAUCUGACAAUUGAUAAAAGUACCGGAACAUAUGUAAUAUGUAAUACUAAUUACUUUAUAUUCUUUCUUCCAUUCAUUAUUGAUCAGUUGUUAUUUACGGUAGAAACACCCACGUAUUUUCCUACACCCAUGGUGUAUGUCAUAUAUUUUUGUUGUUGUUGGGUUUAUUUAAGGGGAAAAUUCAUUGAAAUUGGAGCGUAUAAUUUAUUAAAUAUGCUUAGUCUUCAAUUGAAUUCUAUUUUAUAUCUCCUCAUAUUUAAUUGUGUUAAUAAACUUGAUGGUUUAAAAUUAUCAAAAUUAUGUACAACUCUUACAGUUAAUCUAAGAAGUCAAAUAAGUAUCAAUCGAAAUGUAAGCUUAAUCGUAUCAUCAUCAUCAUCAUCGGAUAUGCAGUCUGACUUAAAUCAACUAAAGUAUCAAGAUAAAGUAAUGAUGGAUGAUAAUGGAUUUGAAUUACGUAUUCGAAGAGUAAAUGAUGGUGUUAUGAUUGAUGAAUGGUAUGAACCUGGAAGAAAAUAUUAUAUAAUAUUGACAAAUCGAUUUCAUUCAGUAGGAUUUCGUGAUGGAUUAAUAUGGAUUGAACCUAAUAUGAAUAAGGAAAAAAUGAUGAUGAAUAUAAAAAUGGAUUCAUCAAUUCUUGUGGAUAGUAAAUCACUUAAUGGACAACUCAAUUCAAACACAGUAAGUCGAAUGUUUCAUGGAUAUAUUUAUUUACUUAGAUCAAUUCAGACCAUUCGAAUAGAUCGACUCGAUUAUUGAUAAAGUUGUUGAUGAUUGAGAUUUAUAAAUAUGUAGAUUGGAACAGAAAUCAAAUUAACAACCUUCAAUUUUCGCUAUGAUAAAGGUUUGGUUCAUUUCUUAAAAGUGAAUUCUGUUAGGGUUGACUAUUCUAGAAACUUAAAUAUUACUAAAUUUAUGUAACUUGAAAAACUAAAGAAUGAUACAAAUCAGUCGUAAUAAGUGUUUAAAUGCUGUGGGUGGUAGAGGAUAACAGUUAUUCUAGUGAAGACAUCAGGAUGAAUGUUUCGCAGUUACUUUUUUAUACAGGUUUGUUACAUAUACAAUUGAAGUAAAAUAUUUUAUUCAGGGGCAGCAGUAACCAAAGCUGUGCUGAAUCUAUUCACAGAAUUUGUUCAUAAAUCUUUCUUUUUAUUUCGUACAAAGGUAGACACCUACCAUCGCCUCCUAAAAAAUCCCAUGUAAUGAAUCCUAAACAGGUAUCACAUAAGUUCGACAGUUGGGAGGUAAUAGUUUAUUUCCUGUUUCUGAAAGUUCAAUUAAGCAUCAAUUUUUCAUUGAAAUUUCCUUCGUUACGUCAUGUCUCAAAAUGGCAAAUUUCAUUACGGAUGGAUCUACUAUUACUUCUGCAAAGAUUCUUAUCCAAAUAACUUUAUCAAUGAUUGUUUUAGAUCCUAUUACAGAACAAUCUUUAUAAAAUAAGUUACUUAUCAAUCACUUUUCUUAGAAUCUUUAUUUUAUUGAAUCAUUUUUUAACUUUCCUUAGUUAACAGAUAAUAUGAGCAAUUACUCUUCUAGAGAGUUAGGUGAAUGGAUUCAUUUAACUAAUCAGGAUCCAAAUAAUAAUAUUUUAUCUGAUUUAUGGACAACAGAGACAGCAGUCACUCAAACAAGAUUAGGUUGUGAAGGUCUUACAGCUGAGAAGAUCUCACGUACUCAAAGACUUGUUACAAAAAUGAUAGUUAUAUGGAAAGCACCAUUAAAAGAUAAAUGUGGUUGUAUCAAUAUUAAUGCAGCUGUACAAACACAUAAUGAACAAAGAGAAAUAUUUUCCGCUAUAGGUAAGUAAUGACUGAUAUGCUUUUGAGUAUUGAAUACAUUCAAUGAUUGCUUAUUAUUUGUUUCUUUAAAUAAAGAUCACAAGAACCAUAUCAAUAAAAUUUAUAAGAUCCGGAUUGAACUGAUUUAAAAACAUACCAGCACUAUUAAAACACGGAGUUUUAUCCUAGAAAAAGACAACUACAAAUACUAAGAGGGUAAUGAAUAAAUAAACCUGAAACAUUUUCAUUACCUCUGAGUAAUAACGACAAGACACACCAAUGGUUGAAUUUUAAAAUCGUAUCAAAUUUUUAAAGGUCACUAAGAUAUAAAAAUAAAUACUUUGUAUAAAAGUAAAUCCCUGACAUUAUAAGCACACAUGGAUGGUGGCUGGCAGUGUAAUCCAGGAAACGCGUUUCGUCCUAUUUGGGUUUCGUCAGCUGGAUGUACCUGCAUCUCACAGUUCAUGUUUACUCUGAGAUUGAAACCCAUUACCGUUCACUUCAAAUACCAUCACAUUAUCCACUUACCUAAUGAGUUCUGAAACCCACUUGCUUGUGCAAUGGGGUGCAGUUAUAUUCACUUGGUGUUGUUUACUUAUAUCUUCCCAUCGUUAUUUAGGACUGCAAUCGAUCAGUCUCUCGUUCGCAUAUGUGCUUUAUAAGCAAAGAUAGAUAAUGGUUAGCAGUGGAAUCCAGGACGCACGUUUCGUCCUAUUCGGGACUCAGCUUGUGACUUCAGGCAAUAUCAAGACAGCCUGCACAAGAUACACAUAUGCCAACGAGAAACUGAUCAAUUACAGUCCUAAAUAACAAUGGGAAGACACAAGUAAACAACACUAAGUGAAUAUAAAUCCCUUACACUUUAUUAAUUCAAACGACUGCUAUAUACCAGUUAAUUAACGUAUUUGAGGAGUUUCACAAGUCCUCAUGGUCAUUGGUUAAGUACUGUCAUAGUCAUUAAAAGCUCAUGAGACUACGAACAAUACGCAUCGAAUAUAUGUCGCUACAGAAAUAUCCUACUAUCUAAGAGUUGAUGUUCUUUAACUUUGAGAAAUGGUCUUUGAACCUAAAACCAAAUGUUUCAAGCAUCUGAACACAGAUCUUAUAAUGGCACUGUUCGAACAUUAUUAUUCUUAAGCUUACGAAAACUAUUUUGGUACGUCCCUUAGUUCAGUAUUAACUAAUGAUCGUGGACCUGAUAGAUAAGAGUGUGAAGUGAUGGUCAUUCAAAUAAUCCACUAAAUUUCAUUGGAGAUAUAGAUGUCAGCAAAUAUGACUUAUUUUUAUUUAUGGAUCAAAUUGUUCUUAUUCAAUGCUCUGUAUUUCUAUUCCAUAUAUUAUGAAGGUGGUUUGACCAAAACACUUUGUCCAAGUUAUACACGACCACCAAGUCCUGUUCUUCCAGCUUACAUGUUACCUGCAAAUGAUAGAAAUGUCGAAAAUUCUAUAAAGGAAAGAACGAUGAAGUUAUCACAUGAUGAAUUUAUGCAUUUGGAUAGUAUGCAACCUCAAGACUGUUGUGCAUGUGGUUCAGCAACUUAUAAGCUCACCUUUACUGGUAUGUGGACUAGAGCAACACAUCCAAAAGACUGGCCCGUCCACAAUCCUGGAGCACUUCACUGGACUAACCUUAUCGGUGCUAGUCACUCACCAAGUUUCCAAAUUUACCGUAUGGGAGAACCAGCAAGUGCUGGAGUUCAAGCUGUUUGUACGUAUGGUGACACAACUGUGAUGAAACAGUCACUCGGGAUCGCUGCUACAAACACAGGUUCUUUAGGAGGAGUUCCAUCUGGAACUCAAAGAGGUUCUACCGGUAUCGGACCGUUACUAAGUCUAGUGUCUGCUCCAGGCAUGUGGGGAGAAGAAGCUCUUGAAGAGACGAGAACAACUUAUGUUGGUGUAAAUAGAACACAUCCUUUAAUAUCAUUUUUAACAAUGCUUGGACCCAGUCCUAAUUGGUGUACAGGUAUUUCCAGUCAGUCAGUUUGUCAAGCGGACUGCACUUGGGUAAAAAACAUUGAAAUUGACUUAUUUCCUUGGGAUGCUGGAGCUCGUAACGGUGAUACAUAUCUUCCUAAAAAUUCAGAUAACAAGGUAACUGUCUUGUGGUAUGAUAUUUUUGUCUGUUAGAAACUGCUGACGUACUAUGAAUAUUAAUAACUCCGGGAUCCUGUUAGAGAAUGUAAAGUUCAAUUUUAGACAUAAAAUUUAUUACUUAAAUCACUUUCUAGUAGGACAGUAAGAUUAUGUUUACUAGUUGUUUAUUAGAUGGUAGCCAACACCAUUGUUCUCUAAGAUACAUAAAAACUCAAUAUAAUUUCUUGAGUUUUGUUAAAACGCUUGAGUAAACAUCAGGAAAAUUCAAUCAAUAUAUUUUUAUUUCUGUACAACUCAUCAGAGAAAUACUUCAAUUUCAAGAACGUUGACUGUUUACCUUGGACGUCAGUCAGUAACGAGUUCAGCAAUUUUAUUAAUUAUUAUUUAUUCAAACACAUAAACAUUGGUACAAGGAGGCACCAAACAGAUAUACACCACAUAAAUCAUUCGAUUCGUGUGAGGGCUGGGAUACUGUCCGAAGGUGCAAACCGAAGCAAGUGGUUUUCUUAGGGGGCCAUACUCGGAACCUUUGACCUAAAGGUCUGAUCCACAAGGCAGUGGAGCGACGUAGAGGGAUGCAGUCACAUGGUAGUCGAUGUCCAACAGUUGGUUCAUACGUCAUUUUUUUCCUCAGGAUCCUUGAGCUCAUGUACACUAUUGGUUUGGAAUGAGAGUUAUCCGACUCUCCUAGGUGGACUCACCGUGUCUACCGGCUCGGUUAAAGUGCCGGACAUUCGCUUUUCGUCCUCUCAAUUUCGAAAACAACAGUCAUGCCGCGAGAAGGCAGUGAGUAGGACUUGUGUAGCAGUAGUUGUAUGCACGUGGCCAUGUGAGAGCAUUUGGAGAGGAAGAGCUGACUCUCAUGACUCUCAGAUGCACCAGGGCAUUUGGGGGUUACAUAGUUUGAAACAACCAGGAUUUUAAUUGACUCUGAAAUUUAUUUUCAAUCGGUGGACUCUAAAAUUUAUUGUGUUUGUUUAAAUACUUUGUGAAUACCAAAUUAGGGAAACAAGAAAAUAUCUCGACCAUCCAAAUAAGCUUUGAAGCUUAAGUAGAGAAUUUCGUAGGAUUACUUCUGUAAACCAAUGCACCGUUGAAAUAAUAAAAUAAGUUAGACUGUAGUAAAUAAACCGAUUUUGGGAAACUAGAAAUAAUGCCGAAUAACUAUCAAAUUAUUACCCUAUUGCUACAUAAAAUAUUCAUCGACUUGUCCAUCAAAUCAUUGACAAUUUCAAAUAUUGUGUAGUUGGGCUUAGUGCGGAUGUGGUGUGUAGUGGCUGACACAGAUGAAAUACAAUUAGCCGAAUUCCAAUCAUUGGGUCUUAUUAUUACCAAGUUUUCUAGAGUUUAAUCACAAAAAUCACUUUGGAAAAACAUGCACUAGUCAGAUUAUUAGUUGAAAAGUUUUUGGUACUAAAUGCAAAGAUGGAUAGUGGCUAGUAGUGGAAUCCAGGACACGCGUUUCGUCCUAUUUGGGACUCGUCAGCUGGAUGUACUUGCAUCUCACAGCUGAUGUACACUCCAGGACUCGAACCCAGUACCGUUCACUUCAAAUGCCAUCGUGUUGUCCACUUACUUACUGAGUCCUGAUACCCACUUGCUUGUGCAAUGGGGUGAAGUUUAAAUUCACUUAGUAUUGUUUUCUUGAAUCUUCCCAUUGAUGUUUAGGACUGCAAUUGAUCAGUCUUUUAUUGGCAUACUGUGCGUAUUGCCUCGAUAUAGUCUUAGUUCACUCCAUGGAUAAAUAUAUAAUUUUUUUUCCAAUUUACCGUUUAUUAAUGACUGCAUCUUACAUUUUGCGAUCCAAAAUAAUAAAGAUUGUUGUAAGUAUACACGUCCUUGGAUAUGAAUUCGUAUAUACCACCACUUCUACAAAGAUCAAUUUGUUAUUUAUCUUUCUGUAUCUAUGUCAUUUGAAAUCGGGUUAGAGUAAAGAGUAAUUCAAACAUUUCUUGUUUUUAAAGUCUCACUUAAAAACGAUUUGCGUUAUUUAAAUAGUAUAUGGACGGAGGAAAUGAGUAUAAGAUUUAUAUACUUUUUGGCUACUUGUAGUGUUAAAGUACAUUUUAAAUUUUGAUCUGGGUGAGUAAGUUGAAGAGUGAUAAAUAUCAUGUUCAUCAAUUGUUUAACCCAUAAAAUAUCCCGAAUAACUUUUAUAUGUAUACAGGAUGUUCCAGAACCUAUUCGUUUUAUCACCAGAGACUGGAUGCCAAAUAGUCCAUUCACGCCAGGCGUCCCGGUAGCAAAAUUAAUCUUGGAGAGAGUUUUACCUAAUGAAUCAUGGGAAUGUACUUCAAAGUUGUACGAUGGGGUGGAGCUAUUUCAUGCCGAUGGAAGUACAGAAACAGUAGGUUCCAGACCAGGAUCCCAAUCUAAUAAACAUUCUCCGAUAGUCCAGUCAGUUAUAGGGGAUUUAACAGGUGCACUACCAAAGAAAACUCGAAACAAAAUUGGUAGUGGUGGAGUAGGCGGAACACGAAUUACAAGUGGAGGACUAGGUGGGGAUGAUCCUCUAUCAGAUCCAAGUUUGGCACAGAUGGCCACAUUUCUAUGUGUUACAAGUCCUUGGUCAGCCUGGGGGUCGUGUUCAGUUACCUGUGGUGUUGGUCGUCGAACUAGACAACGUGACAUGCUGAUCAAUAAGAAGACAGAGCUUUGUCAACAUGUUCCAUUAGUUGAAGAAGAGUCUAAAGUUGUUCACCAUUAUAGUUAAUAACUGAAAAUGAAUUAAAGAAACAAUAAUUUCGAAAACCAAGGAAGUGAUGGAUCCCACAAGGCACUAGCACCAACUGAUAUCCUGCGAAACCUUCAAGAAAACAAGAACAAUGAAUACACCAUUCAACAACGGGCAAACAAGAACAGAGAAGGCCAAUACACAGGCCAAAUACAUAGAAGCAAGUGAAUGAAGAAGAAAAUUAGACCAGAUAAGCGGAAGUAUGUGGGAAACCCACCAGAGACAGCGAGAAAACCUGAUAGGGAAGGGAAACAUGAGACAACUAUAUGGGAUAACGAAGAAACAACUGUCAGUCAGUGUCAAGACAGUUCUGUUUUAAAGAGCUAGGACUUGAAGAACUAUUACUAGCAUCAUCAAAAGGGUACAGGUAUUUAUAAAUAGCUGUCUAUCUAAGAUACUCUAUAUCUUCUGACUAGACACUGUCAGCAGCAAUCUAAUGUGGUAGAGAUCAAAACAACUUUCAGAUGAAGAGGGAAUUGGGAAAAUAUUCUGGAGAUGGAUAAGUCACACUUGGAGGAAAUCGCGAAACCUCAUCACAAGGCAAGCCUUAACUUGGGAUCUUCAAAUAAAAAUGAAUAGAGGCUGACAAAGGACACAUGGAGUCGGGAAUCUGGCACAGCCAUCAAAAGAACGAAUAGAACUUACCAAAAACUGGAAAGAAGAGACUAGGACAGAGUUGAUUAGAGAAUCGUGGUGGACGUCCAAUGCUACCCCAUGAGGGAUAAAAGGAUCAUGUGAUGGUAUAAAACGCACAUGUGAUUUCAGUGCUAUGUGCAGCUUAUUACCAUGGACUGCUUGGACCCCAUGUAAUGCUACUUGUGAUAAACCGCAUGGAUGGCAAACACGUACACGUUAUUUAGCCCGCUCAUCAGAAAAGAAUUAUUGCGAACAUAUAUUUCAAAGUGAAACCGAGUCAAACAAUGGUACUUUACGAGAAUUGAGGGAAUGUCAGCCAAAAGAUACAGAUUGUGAUCCGGCUACAAUAUGUUCAGAGGGUAGAAAAGAUGGUAUAGAAUGUGGUGAAAAAGUUUUAGCAUACUACUAUAGUGCUAUUGAACAUGCAUGUUUACCAUUCAAAUAUUUAGGAUGUAAAGGUGGGCGUAAUCGAUUUCCUACAAAACAAGAUUGCGAAGAUUUAUGCAUUCCAGCUGUUGAAGCACUACCUAAUUGGCGAAGAGAACGGAUAGCUUUAUUACAAUAUCAAACAGCUCAAUUAGCUACAGACAGUAAUGAUUUUAAAAAUCAAUCGAUUUCUCCAGCUAAACACUGUUCUCAGGUAAUGGACCCUGGUUAUACUUGCAUGGAUGAUAACCCACCACAGAAUAGAUGGUACUUUUGUCCCCGCCUACGAAGAUGUCGUGAUUUUGAAUAUCGUGGUUGUGGUGGUAAUGAAAACAAUUUUGAAACAUAUCAUGGUUGUUUAUCUGAUUGUCUCCCGUUAGAAAUGGAGAAGCUACGACAAAUCAAUAAGGCACGUAUGGCUAGCAUGCGUACAUACACAAAUGACACUUCUAUGAUCCAUAAUAAUGCAACAAAUAAUCAUACCGCUAUCUCUAUACAAAAAUCAGUGGAUGAUAAAAAUGAUGUUGAUUCAUUAAAUGAAAUAGAACAUCAAAAAUUAAAUGAUAUAUCGGGUCAUAAACAAGAUUGCAUAAUGACUACAUGGAGUGGUUGGAGUCCAUGCUCAGUAUCAUGUUCUCAUCAAAAAGGUACGCAAAUGCGUUGGAGAUAUAUUGAAAAACCUUCAAUGCAUGGUGGGAAUUCAUGUGGUACACUUUUUGAAAAACGUGAAUGUCAUGGAAUCGCAUGUUAAUAUAAUCAAGAAUAUACAAAGAAAAUUCAUUCUUACUGUAAAUUCAACAAUUAACGUACUUCUCAAAGCAUUGAAUGCUUUAUUCCAUCAUCACAUGACAACAACAAAAAUCUUUUUAAAUACUCAGAAAUCAAUAAAUGAUCAGUAAUAAUGUCUCCAAGGUAUUUGUUUGAGCACUCAAGCUCAUAUAAACAAACAAUACUUAUUUUCAUUCAAUUCAAUAUCUUUAUUUACACUUCAUAUAUGUAGCCAUUUUUAAUAAAUAAAUUAAUAUCCUCUUACAUUACUUUUGUGAGGUUCCCCUAUUUACAAGUAGUCUAUUACUGAGAAUUUACAUCAAUAUUAUGUCAAACAUUUAAUGACUCCUAAUUUUUAUCUCCCCAAUACAAUAUGAACUCAAUAUAAACAGUCAUAACGUUAAAGAUCUGUUACGAAUUUGAAUAGUCGAGUCAAUUAGGCACACUUCAUGAAUAAUCAUUGAACAUGAUGAAUAUCUAAUACGAAACUAAAAAUUAUUUCACUGUUUAAGAUUUACUAGUGAAGUCAAGCGUAUUUCAGUGAUUGAAAAGUAAUCACAAUUAUUACUAACAAAUGGGGUGGGGUGGGGUGGGGGGAAAUUCGGUAAUUUCUAGUAACGAUCUAGAUAAUUAAACAAAAUCUAACUUUUCUCAUAAGUAAACAAAGACGUUGUAGAUACGAUUGAUUGCUUGA